AAUUCAUUGUUGCCUUUUGCGUGACAAAGCCAUUUUCAGCUAUUGUCAUGUGAGGCCGAGCGAUCCGCCAAACGUUCGCUCUAGCGUGAUCGCCAGUUGCACUCGCACGAUGUUCGGCAAAUCUGGACCAUCCAGGCUUUUGUCGCCAUUUUCUAGGCAGGAACGCUCUUCUGGGUACCCCAAUGAUUCUUCGCGGGCCUCCGCCUCCCCAAAUCCCGGGAUCAAGAUCACCGCUCCCCCUUCUUUGAGCGAUGGAACGACUUGUAGAGAUCAUGACAGAUCCGCGGAAUUUCUUCUCGAGCCUCCUAUUACCUCCGCACCAACUCCGUCUUCUAUUGGCAGCGGCGCCAGAAAAUCAAAAAAAGGAUCCUCCUUCCGAAGCAGUAUCUCUAGGCUCCUUCGGAGAAGCCCAAGCCCCGAUCCUAAUCAGGCCAACAAGUCGGGUGUGUCCCACCUAGACCAACCCAUUCCCGCUACCCCCGAUGAAUCGCGGCCAUCUUCAUCCCUUCCUACCUCUGAUACCGAAAUUAAUAUUCCUCAUGCGACGCCCGGCACAAACGCGGCCUCCGGUAAUCCUGCGGACUUUCGGGCACAACUAAAACGCCCGGUGAUGUGAAGAAAAAGUUCAUCAGCGUUUCACGUAGUGUUCUCCAGGCUGCGUCCUUCGGUCUCAAGUUCCA